GACUACUGCAGAAUUCUCACACGUUAGCAGCUGGUUUAGCCAUCUUUGGUAUUCAGUGCCAAAGAAAGAGAUAAGAGUUUCAAGUCCUUUGAAAAGUUAUCUAUUCCAGGAUCCCCCGUGAAGUGUUUAACCUGUACCAGGAAAGACCUUUCUCCUGCCGUGGAGAGACCCUUGGUGAGAAAUCGAUGUUGUUGGAUGGCAUGCGUGAGUUCUUUGUGGUCCAAGGCCCUGUGGCUCUCAAAAGAGGCUGGAGAAGGAAGAAGCACCAUCUCUUCUUGUGCAAUGAUAUUUUGGUUAUAUCUAAUAAUAUACAUAAGAAGAAAUUUAAGAUAAAAAAAGUCAUCCUACUGAGUUACCUCUGGAUGAGUGACUAUGCAGACCUUUCGAGAGGACACAACAGUACCGCCUGCAAGUCCAUCAUUCUUUUUUGGCCCAAAGAAAAUUUUGUGUUCACCUUCUGUACCAAGGAACAGAAAAAUUGGUGGUGGUUUUUCCUCCAAAGAUUCAUUAAUGAAGCCAAGAAGACACAUGCUCUGCGGAUGCUCAUGGAAGGAGAGCCGGAGCUGCGCCAGCGCAUGCGCUCAUAAGACCAAGGAGGACAUUGAGGAUUCCUGCCUGAGAAAGCAAGAUGGGAUGUAGAGAGAAAGAGACACCUGCUGCUAAUCUAGAGGAAGACCCCUACCACCUGUUCCCUCCAGGAUAAAUAAAACAUUCUUUGUGCUG